CUCUUUUAUUGCAAGGUUUGUCAUUAGGGAUUAUAAGGACAAGAGAUGACAUUGGAUUAUUCCUUGGACCUAUUUCAUGAGAUACAAUUAUUUGCUGAACAUGGCAGAUGCCCGCAGUUCAGUUGAGAAGGCGAAAACAAAGGGAUUAAUAGUGUCAUUCCGCAAAUAAAUUUAUGAUGCGGGAUAAUCCGUGCAUAGCAUUAAGGAUGGCAAAUCAUGGUGUGCACAACAUUUCCAAUGCUUCCCAAGAAAAUUCAGUGAUCAAUGAUCGUUAUACUGAAGGGUAUAUUUUGUUGUUAAGCUUGUUAGCAGCAUUGAUAUUUCUUGUCAAUUUGAUGGUGAUUAUUCUCUAUGUCACCCACGACAGUCUUCGUACAAAAACAAACACGAUCCUCGCAAGUUUAGCAUGGUCGGACAUGUUAAAUGGAUUAGUCGUCAUUCCACUUCAGAUCCUAGUCAAUAUACACGUCCAGGAACAAUCUUUACGCUUGACAUCCAUGGUAAUGUACCGUUUCAUCGCCGUGUCGACAAUGUUGCACAUCCUCGCGGUGACAUUGGAACGCCACAUCUGCAUCCUGUCCCCAUUACGAUACCACAGUUUGGUUACAAAAACGCGCAUUAUCAAAACUCUUGUCUUUGUGUGGUUCGUAUCAACUUGUAACUCGGUCAUCUCUUUGUCUUGGGCAGGUUUGGUAGACGACUAUAAUCAUUUGAAACAACCACCAGGAUUACACAAUUCAAAGCUGCUUCGCUUCGAAUUCGCGUACACAUUAUUUACGGUCACUCUGUUCUUUCUAAUUCCGCUUGUCAUCAUGACGUACAGUUUUAAAAGGAUUUUGCGUGAAAUAUCGAGACACAACAGGCGAGAUUCAGAAUUAAUGGAAAUGGUGGAUUCUUCAUUAAGGACUUGUGAUACCAGCGACAAUGACAGUAAAGAGACGGCAGAAAACCGAACAAACCAGGUGUACAAGUUAGAACGCAAACCUGUGUUGAUUUUUCUUACCAUGUUCUUAGUCUUCACCAUCACCUGGUCGUCCUGGUAUGCCCAGAUCCUAAUUCUCUCGGUCUCUCCAAAACACUACAAACCCGUUGGCGGUCGUUGGCCGGCGUUCGCUCGCUCCUCCACGUCUGUAAUAAACCCUUUGCUUUAUUCUCUCAUAAAGAAGGAUUUUAGAGAGGCACUUAAGAGUUGGUUCGUGCAAAUGAAAAAUUGCGUCCUCUCUUGGAAGACAACGAAAGAGGAACAAGAUUUAACAACCACUGAAGGCAGAAUGGGGUCAAUAUGCGUAUGAUCUGAGAAAAACUCAAGGAUAUGUUAAAAGAAAUUAAUAAAGCAGGUUUAAUCUCACGGACGACCUUGAUUUCAAAUUAAGAUACGCAGUCAGAAUAUCACAGAUUGUAUAAACAAUAUAAAACGCCACGAUUCAUGAAUCUUUUUUUAAAUAUCCCCGUUAGAGUUUCAAAUCUGUUAUACCGAGUAUUAACGCUUAGGUUUCUUUGCCACUUGCUGAGUGGAAAACGCAGGCGGAGACCCAACUCUGGGGAGAACUGGAAA